GUCACCCACGUCACUCACGCCUCCCACGUCACCCACGCCUCUCACGCCUCAUCACUCACACAUCCAACAUGGCGGCAGGCGGCACGAAGAGGCGAAACAGCGCAAACAUUUUGACAUUUUGUGCCAUUGUCUGCGCUGUCCUUUCAGUCCACACGUGUCUCUCGGCUCCCGUAGACCCCGGACACGCCGCCCCGGCUCCACACGACUCACUCGAUGGCAAAGAUGCAGCUCCAGUUCAGACCACAGCAAAUCAGGAAGACGUGAACGUCCCAGUGCCUUCAGCAGAACAUAAAGGAAACCUCAACAUAAACACAGACGUUACCAAAAGUCCAGAGCCGGUCUCGGACUCAGCAACCUCGGCCAAACCCAAAAGUAAUGCCGCAGAUCUGCAAAAUCCUCCUUCAGACACCAAAAAUCCUCAAGAAACCACAUCAGGGGAGGCAAAGAUUGGGGCUAGCACGAAAGAAGGAGCGUCACAAACGGCUGUAGAAGGUUCAAAAGAUAAUACAGAGGGUAAAGAAAAUGCUAAUGCUACAGAUGGUGCCCAAGGUGAACAUGACGGUGCUAAAGCUGUCACCGGAGCUAAAGAUGGUGCCGGAGCUGACCCUGACGGUGGUAAAUCUGGUGUAGAAGCUAAAGAUGGUGCCGGACCUGUCCCUGACGGUGGUAAAUCUGGUGUAGAAGCUAAAGAUGGUGCCGGACCUGACCCUGACGGCGGUAAAUCUGGUGUAGAAGCUAAAGAUGGUGCCGGACCUGUCCCUGACGGCGGUAAAUCUGGUGUAGAAGCUAAAGAUGGUGCCGGACCUGACCCUGACGGCGGUAAAUCUGGUGUAGAAGCUAAAGAUGGUGCCGGACCUGUCCCUGACGGCGGUAAAUCUGGUGUAGAAGCUAAAGAUGGUGCCAUACCUGACCCUGACGGCGGUAAAUCUGGUGUAGAAGCUAAAGAUGGUGCCAUACCUGACCCUGACGGCGGUAAAUCUGGUGUAGAAGCUAAAGAUGGUGCCGGACCUGACCCUGACGGCGGUAAAUCUGGUGUAGAAGCUAAAGAUGGUGCCAUACCUGACCCUGACGGUGGUAAAUCUGGUGUAGAAGCUAAAGAUGGUGCCGGACCUGACCCUGACGGUGGUAAAUCUGGUGUAGAAGCUAAAGAUGGUGCCAUACCUGACCCUGACGGUGGUAAAUCUGGUGUAGAAGCUAAAGAUGGUGCCGGACCUGACCCUGACGGUGGUAAAUCUGGUGUAGAAGCUAAAGAUGGUGCCGGACCUGACCCUGACGGUGGUAAAUCUGGUGUAGAAGCUAAAGAUGGUGCCAUACCUGACCCUGACGGUGGUAAAUCUGGUGUAGAAGCUAAAGAUGGUGCCGGACCUGACCCUGACGGUGGUAAAUCUGGUGUAGAAGUUAAAGAUGGUGCCGGACCUGACCCUGACGGCGGUAAAUCUGGUGUAGAAGCUAAAGAUGGUGCCGGACCUGACCCUGACGGCGGUAAAUCUGGUGUAGAAGCUAAAGAUGGUGCCGGACCUGACCCUGACGGCGGUAAAUCUGGUGUAGAAGCUAAAGAUGGUGCCGAAGCUGACCCUGACGGCGGUAAAUCUGGUGUAGAAGCUAAAGAUGGUGCUGGACCUGUCCCUGACGGCGGUAAAUCUGGUGUAGAAGCUAAAGAUGGUGCCGAAGCUGACCCUGACGGCGGUAAAUCUGGUGUAGAAGCUAAAGAUGGUGCCGGAACUGACUCUGACGGUGGUAAAGCUGGUGCAGGAGGCGACGGUGCAGGAGGCGACUCUAACAGUGCUAAAGAGAAUGCUACAGAUAAAGCUAACGGUGGUGAUGAUGAGACAGUGAGCAAAGGGGAAACAAAGCAACAAAAACCUGGCGAUUUAUCUGAAGAGGACGAUACACGGGUGACUGUGAUCGAGUCUUGGAAUGGACAGAACGGACCGCUGGAUGAAGAUGUCAAACCCACAGAUCUGACGCAGGCCACGGACACCACGGCAGAACCAGAGUUUGACUCCACCGAUCUGUUGGGCGUGUCCAAGCAGGAUCAGGGCACGAACUUCUACAGCGACGACGACGACGACGACGACGAGGAAACGUACAGCAACAGCGACUACGACUCUCUGUUCAGGCCCGGGGCGAAUGCGGGCGCCAAGGGGGAGGAGCCGAGGCCCAACCUGCCGACCAAUCAGCUGGUGACGCGCAUGGAGCUGAUCAACGCCGACGAGCAGAACUCUCACUUCUUCUUCCACCUCGUCAUCCUCGUCAUCCUCGUCGGCAUCGUCUACAUCACCUACCACAACAAGAGGAAGAUCUUCCUUCUGGCCCAGAGCCGGCGCUGGAGGGACAGUCUCUGCUCCCGAAACACAGUGGAGUACCACCGACUGGACACCAACGUCAACGAGGCCAUGCCCUCCCUCAAGAUCACGCGUGACUACAUCUUUUAACCCCGCCCCCUUCUCCAGAUCACCCCCGCAACGUCCAAUAACCCCGCCCCCUUCUCCAGAUCACCCCCGCAACGUCCAAUAACCCCGCCCCCUUCUCCAGAUCACCCCCGCAACGUCCAAUAACCCCGCCCCCUUCUCCAGAUUACCACCGCAACGUCUUUUUUAACCCCGCCCCCUUCUCAUAACCCCGCCCCCUUCAGACUCGUAGAAUGUUUUUGCUUUAGACUCGUGGUUCUCAAACAUUGAAGAAAUUGCGUUUUGUCCAAUCAGGAGUCAGGUCACAGUUGUGGAUAAACUGUGUCCACAGUGCCCCCUGUGGUAGUGUGCAGUACGACGCUGUGGGACACCCGCUCCAGAAAAGGCCUUAUUCUGUCAAAUUACUCCAAUAUUAUGUUUAGUUAUAAUUAGUAUAAAAUAUAGACGUCAUUAAAUCCACGUUUUUCCACAAAAUUAUUUUUAAAAUGUUCAAAUUGUCUUCACCAAUGUACGAUUUGUCUUUGAAAAAGUAUUUAAAGUGGAACUAAACACAACCGCGUUUUGAAUAGAGUUGCUAAAGUGGGCGGGGCCUGGAGGAGGAGGAGGGGCGGGGCCUGGAGGACUAAAGCGGGGGAGGAGGGCGGGGCCUAUGAGUAACCGUGUGAUCGGUCUAACAGGUCUCCACACUUCAGACUCCGCCCCUGCAGCCUGGGGUUUGUGAUCAGGGCAGUCCUGCGUGAUGUCACAUAGUACUUGAGGCCACUGAAGGCAGCGCACACUGAGAUUUACACAUUUUUGAACGCACACAUGAGUCGUGUUUAGUUCCACUUUAACUGUUGGUGUGGUCGUUGCGGCCUCUGCUGGCGACAGUAAACCGUAUUUGGAAAUGUUAAAAUAUCUCGACUAAAAUGACGGAGGAGGAGUUCAAAACGCGCGAGUCAGCUGUACGUGUGCGUCGGUUUGAGAACCACUGCGCAUCGUGACCGCAGUAAAAUCAGUUCCUGUUUAAGUGCUUUUUUUGGGGGUUUUUUGUUUAAUUGUAAAUGUGUUUUUCUUAAUUUAAAAAUGUCAUAAAGUUUAAAGAGGCCGUUUACGCUGUUUUCUGAUCUGCUCUAAUGUUUCCUCGUCACACACAGACCUGGAGUUGUGUUUUUUUUGUUUCAUUCACAUGUUUAACACACAAACCCUUUUUCUCUCAAACUGAAAACACUCCGUUCCACCUUGUGAUGUCAUCAUGUGGUGAUACAGGAAGUGCUCCACUGUGUUUUUAAACUUCAUUUCUAGAAUCAUCUGGAUCAUUUCCGCGCUGGAAUUUCCAAUCAUCUCGACUGAACUGAAGGUUAAAGGAGGAGUUAACUUGGAAAAACUACCACAUUAUGACAUCACGAGGUGGAACAGAGCGUUUUGAGCUUUGGAGAUGAAACAAAACACAAGUCCGGGUGCGUUUUUGAGGAGGAAACGUCGUUAGGACACGGUUUAAACGUCACAGGAGGCCAUUUUGUGUCACAUAGCACCUUUAAUAUUAUUGUAGUUUAUUUGGGGUCGUUUUUGUCUUAAUCAGUGGGAGAUUUUUUAAGCCUUAAAUGUUUUUAUAUUUUGUUUAUUAAUCAAAGAAAAAAACACUGAAGUCGUGUCCAGUUUUGUUGCGUUUUUGUAAUCGACGUGUUUCUUAUGCUGUUUACACGAACGUCACGGCCUUUUCCACACGCACACAUCUGUACCGACGUCCACCAUUUUGUUUUGUUUUUUCGUCUUAGUCAAAUACGUAAAAAGAGACUUAAAGCUGCACUUGGUAACAGCUCGUUUCCAUGGAGACGUUAUCGCGUUGCCUGUAACGUUCGUCUUUUUAAAGCUGAUUUUCGUACUCAACAAACGCCGAAACUUUUCAAAUUUCUUUUCGGAAACAGCCAGAAUGACGAGAGCGGGUCAGAUCUGUGGAGUGGGGAGCUCGCCCGCAGUUGAAAUGUCUGCAGCAAACCCAAGAGAAAUAUAUUUAAUGACGUAUUAUGUAACAUUCCAGGCAAAGCAAUAGGGAUGAAAAGCUCUAAAAAUGAUUCCGUAUCUGUUUAUCUGAUUUAAACUGCACUUACACGACUAAACCUGCAGGGGGAGCCAGGCAAAAACUACUAUUAGUGCAGUAAAAGUACUAGGAAGUAUAUGUACGUAUCAGUUGGUCAAAUCGUUGUAGGACUGAAGACGUUUCUUGUUCAGUUCUGGUCAGAUUCCUGCUGGACACUGCCUCAUAUCGGUCUGAAGGGGGCGCUAACGACACUGAAGCUAACGCGCCUGUUUGUAGGCUGGGCAGGGUAAAGAGCUACGCUAAGUGUGCGCUGUGCCUUACACAUACUUAGCAUAAUCCUUCACACGUAAUGGCCCUACUAGCUCGUCCUGUUGUUGCUGCUCUUUGUUUCUUUUGUUUGCUUUGGGUCUGAGGGUGGAGUUAUAGACAGAUUCUCUUUCCUCACGCAAAUAUCAUCUUUAACUCCUCUCUUAGCGCCCCCUUCAGGCAGAUAUAAGGCAGCGUCCAGCAGGAAUCUGACCAGGAACUGAAGAAGCGUCUCGUAGGAGUGAAGACGUUUAGCUGCUCGUCCAAGCCGCGGCUUGGACGAGCAGCUAAACGUCUUCGCUCCUACAACGAUUAACAACGAUUUACAAGUUUAAUCUGACUUUUUACACGUAAACGCCAACAAAUACCAAAACGAGCUCGCUCCCUGUCGUCUCCUCGCGCCGUUGUCCCACAGACGUCCUUAUAAUCCAAACAAAAUGAUCCAGUCAUUGACGUUUUGGUCGACGGAACGACUCCAUGAUAACGUCUCCAUGGCAGGAAAGUCCCACAGUGCGCCCGUAAUGUUCUCGUUUCCCGUCACGUCCUCCUUUUGUUUCUGUGGAUUCCCGACGUCCUCCCGAAGGUUUCGUCUCCGUCCUCGUCGCCGUGUCCAGAUGAAGCUUCGCAGACGUCUGUGGAGCCGACCGCUUCCUUUAUGGCUUCGGUGAAGUCUCCGGCAACUGUGACUUAUUCUACCGAUCUGAGAAUGUGCAGUUAUGUAAGAGAGAAACGGCUUUGGACAAACGGCGGACCGCUUCACGAAAGUCGGGGCCGCUUCAGACGUGGGGACGGGUCGAUGCCGCAACGUCGGCUUUGUUUAUCCUCGCACGGGGAAACUCAGGCGUCUGUUUUUCAUGGACGCCGUGUUUAAAAUACAAAGAGACGAGUAAACGCGUCGUUAUGAAGCAUUAGAAACGCUGAAAACAGGAGAAAGUGCGUUAAAAGUUCCAAAGUUUGUUGCGUUUUCGUGAAGCGAAGCAGCGAAAAGCCUCGUUCCCGUCUCAGUUUGGGCGCAGCUCGACUUUAGCCCUCUGUGGUCACGUGAUCUGGUCUUAAAUGUUUCCGUAUCGAUGAUUAACAAACAGGUGGGGCGUUCUGGAUCGAGUAUCGGUUCCGUGGUAUCGGGUCUAGCAACACGCUUGACCGCUAGCAACACGCUCGACUGCUAGCAAGAAGUUUAACCUGACCCGUUAGCAAAGCGCUUAACCCGCUAUGAAGACAUUCAACCCAUUAGCAAGACACUAAACCUGCGAACAAGACGCUCAACCCACUGAGCUGAAGGUUAGCGGUGUGAUGCUAGCUCCUACUAGCUAAACAUUCAACCCAUUAGCAACACGCUGAACCCACGAGCGAGACUCCGCCUCCUCGCCGCAGUCUGGUCGUUCACUGAGUGGUUCCUUGUUGUAAAAUUCUAUAUAAAAAUGUGACUUUUUACCAAAAAACCCACAACUUUUACUCGAGUAAAAGUACUGUUACUCUGAAUACUGCAGUACGAGUAAAAGUAUCAGGUCUAAAAAGAGCCAGAUGCACACGAGCGUCAAAGUAAACGUCUCUACUGUUUCAGCCCAUUGAGGUGAGGGUGAACAGAGUGCAUUGUGGGGGAUUGUGGGGCGUCUCGUGGCGUCUCGUGGCGUCUCGUUGUUUUUCCAAAGCCGCGGUUUCGCUCAGUUUCUGGUCGUGACGUUUUUUUGUUGUUUUUUUUCCUCGUCUUUAAUGAUGUGUAAAGAGAGAGAGAAUGUUUGUAAUGCACAGUGAUGCUCGAUCGCUCACAGCCCCAUGUAAAGAAAUAAAGCUUCUGUAAAAGGUAGAAUCUGAAUAAAGCACAAGUCUGAAA